UGCAAUUCUAUAUACUCAGGUGUUACAAAAGACGGGACACCUUUUUUUGACUCAUUUUUUGUUUCUGGUUUCGAAUUAGCCAUUUGGGUAUUUAAGAAACAAGUAUUUUUCCAAGUGGUGUGUGGUAAAGGUGCAACCGCUGCAGCUAUUAAAUUUGCAGAUGGGUAAUAGGUUUCGAUAAAUUUUCUUACACAGGAACGAAUAAGCAUUAAGAAAGAACUAAUUUGACAUCUUCAAUCACAGAAGGAUGACUAUUGUCCUUUCACGGUUUUGUAGAGGAAAAGCGAAUGGCUCAACGAAUGUAGCGUAUACUUGGGUGUUCACUCUGAUGUUUUCGAUUUGCCUGUAAAAAGCUAGCCAUAGGAAGAGAAGGGAAUGGACUCUUUUUUCUACUCUCUUCAAAUGCUUCUUCCGUUUGAGAUUGAGAUCCUUGUACAAAAGCAAACUGGUCUACUAAAUCGUCUAGAGCCAUAUCCUUCCAAGCUGGUUCAUGUCGCAGCUGCUUGCUUCUCAUCAAGAUUAAAUUCGCACUUGAAUGCUGAAUUGUGAGUUCAUCUUCUGGCAUAGGAGGAAGGUGUUCAAGUCGAACUUCUACAUCGUCAAUGGGCAGCUUGUCUUUUCGCCAUUCCGAAGCAAAAAGAACAACUCUUGGUUGGUUCAUAUGUAUUUGACAAUAAUUAGAAUCCAUUGAAUGAGUUUUUCGUAAUGGUUGCUUUCGGCUAUGAAAAUACUCACUUUUGUAGGAGAAAAGGUUUUCUUCACUCCUGUAAACAAACACUACGAACCUCAGCCUGGUAUCAUGAAAUUUUCUAUUUCUCGAAAUGUAGCUGUUUCCUUCUUUUUUAUUUUUUAUUAAAGAAUAUGGUUUCAUUUACAAGUUUAAUCUUUUAAAAUAUAGGUUGAGCCUUUAUCGACGAAACUGUUGCUACAACGUCUACGACUAGACAUAGACCUACAUGCCAGUUAGCAUAAUUAUUCUAUUUCUUGAAUUAACUUAUAAAUUUUUCUUGGUAUUUUUUCUCUGGUGUUUUCCUAUAGUCUUCUUAGACAAGGAUAACUUAAUUCGAGUGUGGCCUAGCCUAACCUGUUUUUGAGAAAAAAAGCAUUGUUUCGCAGACGUUACUUAAUAUUCCGAAUAGAUGCAUGUAACUAAAAAUCUUAUUUAGAAUUAUUAAUCUGUAAUGUUUUUCUCAGAAACAGUCAACUCUGCAUCACUGACUAGUCAUUAAGGAUAUGAAAGUUUAUAUAUUCCCUACUUUCCCUCUUUGAUCCUUCUCUCUUUAAAUAAACAAGUAUAGUUUUGCAAGUUAUCAAAACCUAGUCUUCACUUUUUGGAACACAGCGCAUUGUUUAUUUACGUUUGGCUAUUGAAAUAUCUGGUUUGUUUACAGUAUUGACCAUAUCUGUUUUCAACAAAACCAUUCUACUCAUCGAAAAAUCAACUUAAGAAGGAUUCUAUAUAUUACUUUUCAAAUUAAUACCUUGGAAUACUCAGUUCAAUAAUCGUCUAAACUAUUACGAUUUACUCACUCUAGUAAUCCUACUGGUUAUUCCACAAGCUAGUCCUAUAAGUAUCUUUACGUUCUAAAUUUUAAAAUCUGCUUUAUUAUGGACUCUUACGUUUUGUCAUUUUCCGUCCCCGACCCAUCUCCUCCACCAUCGGAAGAGACAGCUCUUUAUGCAAGCAAAUGUGAUUUUUACGGAGAAAGUCCCUAUGAAUGCAUCAGAAGAACAGCAGAGCUACGCUGUACUGAGGCUCAAUCUAUGUAUCCCGUUACGAUUAACCUGCAUGCAAAGCACAAGACCCCGGAUAUUAAUAUUUCCCGUAAUGAAAUCGUAAUUGUCAUCGCAGGUGCUUAUGAAUGUGUAUACUCUGCCAAGAUAUACAUCCUUCAGGCUCUUCCAAAGCUUAUUACUAGUCGAAUUCUGCUUGAUGAACCUCUCGAAAACCUUUUAUUUGAUGACGAAGGGUUCAUGUACGAAGACACAAUAAAGCAUUUCAAUACGAUUUCGGAAUUGACGGGAGCUAAACUAUACCUUAUUCACAGAUCAUUAAGCAGUGGAAUUGAGGCUGAAGUCAGCACAGGUCGUGGAUUUAGUUAUCGCCUGAACGAAAAAGAAAGCUUCCGACAAAAGCAUCUGGAGUUUACACGUUUAGAAUUUGGAAAAGAAGAAGAAGCUGAUAGCUCUUAUUUUGUUGUUUUCUAUGGCGAUUAUUGUAGUGUUGAACAUGCUCGAAUUCGGUUCUUAACUCUUCUCGACGAGCUUCGUGGGCUUUCAAUUUUAACUAUUCCCAUCUCCGCUUCUUUUCAGCCAAUUCUUAUGGGAAAAGCGUAUUCAAGCUCUGCAGGGCUCAAAGCCACUGAAACGAUGAACAUAUAUACACUGCCGUUCUUUUCUGAUAUGCUACCGCGAUUACCAAAUAUGCCGGAACUAAAUUCGUCAAAAUUAGUUAUUGCUGGUGAAUCCGAGAGCUUAAAGCGGUUAGAAGAAGCAUUUUAUUAUGCUGAAGAACAUUUGAAGGUCUUCACGCACAUCAUGGAACUUUCAUUCACAAAGCUCAUUGAAUUCUUAACUAAUGAAAUCGACGAGCUUCGACUUAUCAUGGAAGAAAAUUCUUCUUUUUUGAGAUUUCCUGAUUACUUUAAAGAGGGAAAGGGCUCAUGCACAGAAAAUUCACAGAUUAAGAUUUAUUCCUCAACACUUGUCAACGCAGAAAAAACUGCUCUUCGUUUGGCAAAGUUAUCAAGCAAGUAUGUCGAAGGCAGGACGAAGUUUGACGUUCACGAUAACGAGGAGUUUUUACGAAAGAAAGGUUCUUGGAAAGACUUACCAUUUCUUGAAAGAAAUGCAUUCAGUUCAAAGUCUUCCUCUGCUACUUCGCUAGUUAGUUCUUCUACCGAAGGUAAUAAUUCAGCAAAAUCUCCAAAUAAGUUAGUGGUACCACCUACUGAAUACAUGCUUCAAUUGGCAAUUAUCUCUAUGGCUUCUGGAGUAGAGAUGCUCUUGAAGAGCAAUGAAAUAACUUUUUCUGGGCAGGAGAAUACCACUCCUGUUGCUAUGGAAAAGGCAAGCAAGGUUUUCCACAAGCUCGGUUCUUCACAAUGGCAUCAAAUCCUUCUUGACGCACCAACCAAAGACCUCGAUUUUAUAUCUGGAAAGAAGAAUGGAAAGUUAGACAAAGUUAAACAACAGUGCAAGUUCAACUAUCAGAACGGCGAUAUUAUUUUCUGUCCAAUGUCUUCAACUAUAUUCACAGUUGACAUUUAUGGUGAUGACCUGGAACGAGUUAUUAAGGGAAUGAAUACUAUGCUUCUUGAAUUUCCCGCGGAAAUGCACUUUUUUAUUCCAGAAGAGAUACACAAGAAACUAAUUGGAUUCCGUGGAGAGCAAAUUCAAAGAGUAACGAAAUUAUACAACAGCUAUAUAGAGUUUUCUACUACUCCCUUUGACUGUUACGGGCAUAAUGUCCUUAUACGAACACCUUCAAAGUUUUCCGAGAAUUUAUGGGCAGUGCGAUCUUUGUUUGUCAAAACUGCGGAAGGUUUAGGCUAUGGUGUUCCGAAAUACUUGUAUGCUAUUCAAGUAUGAAAGAACUGCCUAGUCUAUCAAAGCUCCAUUUUUGGGCUUCCAGUCCCAUUAUUUUUGAUGUUGAGAUGAUAAUGAGCAUAACAACUCCUUUCGUGAUGGCCUCGUAUUACGAAAAUUUACUAUAUACUUUCAUUCAUUGAUCCUUCAAUUUCCUUCCUUUUGGAACACGUAUACUCUGUAUUAGAGAUCCCCAUUCCCGGAGUUGAUCACACUCUCUUUUCCCGUGUUUGUCAAAAACCUUGGAAGUUAAGAAAGAUAAAAGUUAUUAGAUAGUUAGAUUUAUUAAUAAAAUAUACUUACCGUAUAAUGACCAGCAA